UUGAGAUCUUGAAAUGGUGGAAAGACCUCGGAUUGUCUACCGAAUUGAGAUUUGCAAGAGAUCAACCGCUUAAAUGGUAUAUGUGGUCAAUGUCAUGCCUCACAGAUCCAAGUCUUUCAGAACAAAGGAUUGAGCUCACUAAACCCGUCUCUAUGAUAUACAUAAUAGACGAUAUUUUCGAUGUUUAUGGCACUCUCGAUGAGCUCGUUUGCUUCACAGAAGUUAUCAGCAGAUGGGACAUUGCUGCCGCUGAAAAAUUACCGCACUACAUGAAGAUAUGUUUCAAGGCUCUGAACAAUAUCACAAACGAAAUCAGCUACGAGAUCUACAAGGAACACGGGUGGAACCCAGUUGACUCUCUCCGGAAACCAUGGGCUAGUUUGUGCAGGGCGUUUCUUGUGGAAGCAAGAUGGUUUGCCUCUGGGAAGUUGCCGAGCGGUGACAAGUACUUGAAGAAUGGGAUUCUGAGUUCUGGUGUCCAUGUAGUUCUGGUUCACAUCUUCUUUCUACUGGGCCAAGGUACAAGCAAGGAAAAUGUAGAACUUAUUAGCAAUUUUCCACCCAUCAUAUCAUCCACAGCCACAAUUCUGCGCCUGUGGGAUGACUUGGGAAGCGCCAAGGAAGAGAAUCAAGAUGGCCAUGAUGGAUCAUACGUCGAAUGCUAUCUGAGAGAAAACGAAGGAUCAUCGUUCGAAGACGCACGAAAGCAGGUUCUGCACAUGAAUUCUGAUGCGUGGAAACAACUCAACCAGGAAUGCCUCUCUCCAAAUCCAUUUUCAUCAACUUUCUCCAAGGCUUCUCUAAAUAUUGCAAGAAUGGUCCCCUUGAUGUACGAUUACGAUGACAACCAUCGCCUUCCGAUUCUUGAGGAGCAUAUGAAAUCUCUCCUCUAUGAAAAUGUGUCUCAGUGAAAAAAGAAAACAAAGCCCACGACUCCAUAUUAUAGUUCCAGAGGGAUCAUGGACAUGGUUAGGCAGCCUGUGAGCUAGCUGCUUUCACUAAUAUGUACAGUACAAAAAAUAUAAAUAAAAAGUAACUUGCUUUUGCUGCCCUUUCA